AAUCUAACUCUUUCGGCUAGCACAGAAAGUGGUGGGGACGGUGCAUCAAUUCCUUGGAGACAACUUCUUGAUCAUCUAGAAGAGUGGCAUAAUUAUCGUGAACAUAAACUGAGUGGUUCUGUAAUGAUUUCCCCAUAUUGAAUAUUUCUGUGUUUGAAGGCCAAAAAAAAAAGGGGAAAUUUCUUUUAUAUUUGAUUGUUAUUAAUUGGAAACUGUUUAUGUCUUAUUAUAUCUACAGGUAAGGCCUAACCAUCCUGGUUUUAAAUGCAAGGAUGGUGGUCUUGGUCUUGCACCUUGGCUUGACAGUGCCCCGCAGUAGGUUUUAUCAGGACUUGAGUAGAAUUUGAUGUUCCCAUUCAAAAAACAAAAGGAUCAAAAGGCAGAGGUGUGACCUUUGCUUAACUCUUGUGGAUUUGUUUUACGGGAACGAACCCUGGAAGAAUUAGGUGGAGAAUCCAGAUAAGUGGUGGGGACAGGACAAUAGAUUGGAUAAGUUUUAUGCUUCUUGACUUUCAUCUCCAGAAGAAUCAAGACUUAAGCACAAAGAAACCAGCAAAGCUCUAUGGGUCGCUGAUUCUCCAGCUUGGGUGCAAUCAAAGUUGCCUUCUUUAAAAGGUAGAAAAGGAACAGCUACUGGUAAGGUGGAAACACUGCUUUCUUAGCUGUGGAAGGGCUGGACUUGAUUUGAUGAAAGUAAUUGAGAUUGGUAAUACAUUGUUAUCUUCAAUACACCUGUCUUGAGUUCAGUAAGCAUUGCUGGUUUGAGGCAACAUGUAUGAUUAUGUGAUGGUAUUGCUUCAAUCCCUUUAGGUUAUUGUGAUGAUGUUAUCACCCUCAUUUCAACGUGAAGCCUUUUUUGCAAGUACCGUCACCAGAUUUGUAUUUACUGAAAUUUAAAAUGCUCAACCAAGACAGAAAGUGCAUGAUAAGACUCUAUGACCUGUAUAUACAAAUAUACAUCUUUUCCUCAU